UCCUGAUCUGCAGUGCAGUCUGGGAACUGUCAAUCCAUUCGCUUUGUAUCACUGGCGCUGGGAGGGAGCCACUGAUGCGCUGGCCGCUGUUUAUUUACUCACAGCGGGACAUUACCAAUAGAUAUAAGAAUAUGUAGAGUAUAAGUACCUUGCAUCUACCUCCGAAGCCCUCUUGUAAGGGGAACCGAUUUGGACGCACUGGUGACAUCAGAGCCGGGCCCAUCAAUUAAACAACAUUAGCCAGCCUGCUAGUCACAUAUUGACGCUCUCAGCCGUUUUGACCCAUCGAGUCCAAUACAUGGUUGAAUGACAGCUGCCGUUCUAUGACCCACAACGGUGUGAUGCACGUAUGUGUGGCUGGUGUCGUACAUUAGCGUAACAACCACCCAGAAGAAUGAAUGCAGAGGAAGUGGAGCUGCUCAGUGACUCCAAGUACAGGAACUAUGUGGCAGCUGUGGACAAAGCCCUCAAGAACUUUGAGUACUCCAGUGAGUGGGCAGACCUCAUCUCUGCACUGGGAAAACUCAACAAGGUUUUGCAGAACAAUGCAAAAUACCAAGUGGUGCCCAAGAAGCUGACAAUAGGCAAACGGCUGGCCCAGUGCCUCCACCCUGCGCUGCCCAGCGGGGUCCACCGCAAGGCUUUGGAGACCUAUGAGAUCAUCUUCAAGAUCAUUGGAUCCAAGAGGCUGGCCAAAGACCUCUUUCUGUACAGCUCUGGGCUCUUCCCUUUACUCUCCAACGCUGCUAUGUCUGUGAAGCCUGUGCUGCUGGGGCUCUAUGAGACCUACUACCUGCCCCUGGGCAAGACCCUGAAACCGGGCCUGCAGGGGCUUCUGACUGGGGUCCUGCCGGGUCUGGAGGAGGGUUCGGAGUACUAUGACCGAACCAACACCUUAUUGGAGAAGGUAGCAGCAGCCGUGGAGCAGUCGGCCUUCUACAGUGCCUUGUGGGGCAGCAUCUUGACCAGCCCCGCUGUGCGUCUCCCCGGGGUUUCCUUCGUACUGCUGCACCUCAACCGCAAGCUGUCCAUGGAGGACCAGCUCUAUAUCAUAGGCAGUGACAUUGAACUCAUGGUGGAGGCAGUAAGUACCUCAGUCCAGGACUCCAGUGUCUUGGUGCAGCGGAGCACCCUGGACCUGAUCCUUUUCUGCUUCCCCUUCCACAUGAGCCAGGCAACCCGCCCUGACAUGAUCCGGAUCCUGUCAGCAGCUUUGCAUGUGGUGUUGAGGAGAGACAUGUCCCUGAACCGCAGACUCUACGCCUGGCUGCUGGGCUUUGACAACAAUGGGGUGAUGACAGGCCCCCGCAGCACUCGACAGAGCAACCCGGAGGAGCACGCCAGCCACUACUUCAACACCUUCUCCAAGGACAUGCUGGUCCAGGCUAUGGUGGGGAUCUUGCAGGGCAAAGCCCGAGGCGGAGAAGAGGAGAGCAUUCUCAUGCAUGACCUUAAGCCAUUCCGCAUCCUGAUCAGCCUGCUGGACAAACCAGAGCUAGGGCCAGCCAUCCUAGAGGAUGUUCUGAUCGAGGUGUUUCGGACUCUUCACACACAGUGCAGAACAGAGUUGGACCUCCAAAACCAGAGUCCAUUCAGUAAAGAUCAUACACAACUCAGCAGUAAACUACGAGAGAACAAGAAGACAGCCGAGCUGAUUAAAACGGCCAAUCUGCUCUUCAACUCGUUUGAGCCAUACUACAUGUGGGACUACAUCGCUCGCUGGUUUGAGGAGUGCUGCAGGAGGACGGUGAACGGCAGCACACGUGCAGCACGGCAUGCUGGGAGCUCAGAUCCCCCUGAGCUCUCUUUGGUGGAGUUCUGUCAGCUGGUUGAUUUUCUGCUGGAUAUUGUUUCCUUGCCUACUAGAAGCAUGAGGGUAAUCUGCCAGGAGACGUACAUAGAAAUCCAGACAGAGCACCUCCCUCAGCUGCUGUUGCGGAUGGUUGCGGCCCUGACCUGUCACCUGCAAGCGCUGGGCCUCGGGGAGCUCACCCACUGCCUUCGCCUGUGCUCCAAGAUCCUCAGCAAAGUGCAGCCUCCUCUCGUGUCGCCCCUGGCCCUGCCCCCGGGCCCCCAGGCUCAGGGCCUCUCCAACUCCACCGGAAACUCCUCAAAGUCGGCCAAGGACAAAAGCAGAGACACGGAGGACAAACGGACUCCUGAAGUACCUGGGAAUGGGGAAGUAUUCGAAGAAGGGGAAAAUCCUCCCAGCGGCCGUUCUUCUGAAAGUGGCUUCACAGACUUCGUCCAGUACCAGGAAGACGGCCCCGAGGAGACGGAGCGAGUCCCUCACCCCCACCACGCGCUCAAAACAGGCCGUCGCUCGUCGGGCCCUGGCCAGACCAAGCCUUUGGACAAACCGGUCAUGCAGUGCUGCCUGGAGCACUUCCAGCAGUUUCUGUCUCGCCUCAUCACCUUGUACAUUGUCCCGGGGAAUUUAGACAAGGCUCAGGGUCAAAGAGGGGAGGUCGUGCACGCGGGGUUGCUCGUUUCCGAAGGUCCCCAGCACAGUGAUCAUGCGGAGUCGUGCACAGAAUCUGGAAUAGUCCAGAGAGAGUGUGUUGCCGCUUUCACUGCGGCCUGCCAGCUCUUCCUGGAAUGCUCCAGUUUCCCCGUCUACAUCGCGGAGGGCAACCUCAAGUCCUCACCCGCACAGGAAGAGCAGUCUGGCAGCGAGCUGGUCCGGCUGCCAGUGUGGCUGCAGACACUGAUGGACGCCUGUUGCCUGGCCUGCGACUUCAGCCUCCAGGGCGUGGCCAUCUCCCUGGUCAUGGACCUCGUGGGACUCGCCCAGUCCGUUGCCAUGGUGACGGCCGAGAGCGUGGCCUCCGGCGGCGGCUCUGAGUCCGCCCAGCCCAUGAGCCCCAGCCAGGGUCGAGUGGCUGUAGUCAUCAGGCCACCACUUACUCAGGGAAUCCUAAAAUACAUUGCUGACAAGACAGACUUCUUCAAGAGCGUGGCUUUGAUUUUGUGGGACCAGCUGAGUGAAAGAACACCUCAGCACCAUCAGCGCAGCGUGGAGCUCUUCUACCAGCUCCACAACCUGGUUCCUUCCUCCAGCAUCUGUGAGGAUGUCAUCAGCCAGCAACUCAUGCACAGGGACAAGAGAAUUCAUCUGGAGGCCCAUGUAAAGUUCUCUGUGCUGUGGCAUUUAACACGUGAUCUGAACAUCACCAAGUCUUCUCCUUUCACUCGCACAUUUGAUCGAUCUCUUUUCAUCAUGCUGGACAGCCUCAGUUAUUGGGACCCGUGUACCAGCGCAGUCGGUCGGGCUUGGCUGAAUCAGGUCCUCCAAAGACAUGACAUCGCGCGUGUCCUCGAGCCUCUCCUCCUCCUUCUGCUUCACCCCAAGACCCACCGAGUAUCUAUUCAGAGGGUACAAGCGCAGCGCCACUGGGCCCAGGCCUUUCCUGACCCGUCUGAGCAGGAGCCAUCAGAACCCAUGUACACCAGAGACUCCGGCUUCUCAGACAACUACAGUCUGAUCCAAGGUGAAAGGGUUGGACAAGGGGAGCUCCGAGGCCUAGCAGUGGGCGAAAUGGAGCCGUUCUGUCUGACUGUCAACCCCUUGAGUGACAGCCUGUCUAUUCUGAGCCUGAGCAGCGAGAACUUGCAGCUGGCCGGCGAAUAUCAGCCUGCUGACGACCAACAGGUUGAGCCCCAGAGCUCAGAGUCCAGUGGUUCCCAUUCAUCUACAGUGGAAAACGGCAGCUUUGAGGAAACCGAGGGUGUCAACAGCACUGUGAACAGCUCAGACAGACCGCCUGGCUACUCAGACGACACAUCUGAGGACUCUGUGGAGGAAGUCGUGUCCUGUGUUAUGAAAGAGCUCGUAGACAGAGUUCUGACUUUAGUCGAUGAGGCGUCACUUGAAGUCUCAUCUCCACCUGAAAAUUGGGCGGACACCGACAGCACUUCCUCAGACACGUCCACCGGCCCUCGUCUGGACCCUGACCCUCCUCCCAGCUCUAACCACCAGACCCUGCCAGAGAUGUUAGCCGGAGGCACACUGGAGUUCUUCUCUGUCACCCCGGCUGACAUGUCGGCCGACGAGCAGCACAAAGACGGCAUCACUCGGCACAGUUCGUCGCCUUCCAUCGUCACUUUGCCGGACAGCUCCGAUCCAGCCACCCCGGACCACAACCUGCAAGUGGACGACUCUCAGGCCCGCAAACGUAGCCAUAGCAGCACCCAGCUCAGCCUUAAAGGGAAGAUCAUGGAGAGGCUGGCGGACAAAUCUCCGGGGGCAAAGCCCAAGACCAAGAAGGCGAAAAGGAAACAGGAGGAGAGGCAGAGAAAGGCUGCAAUUCAAGCCGACAAACUGCGUCCACCCAGUAUUUUCUUUGGGGACAGUCUGGAUCUGGAGAACUGGUACAGCUGUGGAGAAGGUGAGGUGUCGGAGAUUGAGAGUGACGUUGGCUCGCCCGUCGGGGGCUCCGGCGGGGCCGUCGGGGGUGUCGGCGUUACAGGACGCAGGUUGUCGUCUGCCCCUCCCCGUUUCAACAUCCAUCCCCUCUACCAGCACGUCCUGCUCUACCUCCAACUGUAUGACUCCUCCCGGGCCCUCCACGCCCUGUCAGCCAUUGCAGCAAUGCUAAGAGCCACUCCCUCAGGGUUUGUAAGUGCUAUCUCCACCACCAGCAUCAACAACACCUACACUCCACAGCUGUCUCUGCUCCAAAACCUCCUAGCCCGCCACAGGGUCUCCGUCAUGGGCAAAGACUUUUACUGCCCGAUUCCCCAGGACUCCCACUCGCAUUCAUUCCGCAGCGCCAUGUACCUAGAGAUCAUCAUCUCGCUCUGUCUCUACUUCCUCAGAAGUUAUUACUCUUCACACGUGUCGGCGGGCUCUCAAGACUUGGCAGGGAACCGGGCCAUGCAGCUCACCAGUGUCGAAGUCCUCACCCUCCUUUUCACUGAGCUGGCCAAAGUCACGGGGGGCUCAGCUAAGGGCUUUGCAAGCUUCAUCAGCGACGUUCUGUCUAAGUGCAAAGUUCAGAAGGUGGUUCUCCACUGUCUCCUCUCCUCCAUAUUCAGCGCCCAGAAAUGGCACGAGCAGCGGGUGGCGGGGGUCAACGUGGCCGCGGUGGAGGAAGGACUCUCAGAGGACAGCGUCAUCGACCUGUCGGAGGACCAGAUAGACAGCUGCAGCGCCGUUCAGUCUCAGCUGCUCAGGCUGCUGCAGAGUCUGGUUGUGCUCGAGCAUAGAGUCCUGGUGCCAGCUGAGGAAGGAGUGGAAGGAGGACCCGUGGGAGGAGCGGCAGGGGGCGGAGGGACGGGAGGCGGCACCGGAGCCGGGUUUGAGAUCCUGGGUGCAGAAGUGGAGCACGUCAACCCUCAGCAGCCAAUGACGUCGCUGCAGUACCUCCACGGGCAGCCCAUCACAGCGCAGGGUAUGUUCCUGUGUGCAGUGAUCAGGGCCCUGCAUCAGCACCACGCCUGUAAGAUGCAUCCCCAGUGGAUAGGACUCAUCACGAGCACCCUGCCUUACAUGGGGAGAGUGCUGAGGAGGGUGGUGGCCUCCGUCACUCUGCAGUUGUGCAGGAACCUGGAUAAUCUUCUCCAGCAGUACCGCUAUGAGAUCGGGAUGACUGACACCAGACCCCAGUGGAUGGCUCUCUGCAUCCCUCCUGACCUGAUUUUGACUGUGCUAGAGGGUGUGACAGCCAUCAUCCAUUACUGCCUGCUGGAUCCCACUUCCCAGUAUCACCAGUUACAAGUCAGUGUUGACCAGAAGCACCUUGCUGAGGCUCGUUCAGGAAUCCUCUCCAUCCUCCACACCAUCAUGUCUUCAGUCACCCUGCUGUGGAGCGUCCUCCACCAGGCUGACAACUCUGACCGGCCAGCUGCUGCCUCCGCUGCCUCCACUUCCAACAUCAACCUGGGCUCCACUAAGAACCUCCGUCAGCAGAUCCUGGAGCUCCUGGGUCCCAUCUCUAUGAACCACGGUGCUCAUUUUAUGGCAGCAAUAGCUUACGUUUGGAAUGAAAGGAAACAGGUCAAGACUCCAGUCAGAAAUAAGGUGAUUCCCGUAGCCAGUGAGGAGCAGCUGCUGCUGGUUGAGCUGGUUCGCUCGGUGAGCGCCAUGCGCACUGAGACUGUUAUACAGACGGUGAAAGAGGUCCUGAAGCAGCCGCCAGCCAUCGCGAAAGACAAGAAGCACCUUUCUUUGGAGGUCUGCAUGCUCCAGUUCUUCUACGCCUACGUCCAGAGGAUCCCUGUGUCCAGCUUAGUUGAUAGCUGGCCUUCUCUGCUGGCUCUGCUGAAGGACUCUGUACCGUUAGGCCUCCCCGCCCCGGGACAGUUUCUCAUACUGGGAGUUCUGAAUGAGUUUAUUCUGAAGAACCCGAACCUGGAGAGUAAGAAGGACCAGCGAGAGCUGCAGGAUGUGACCCAUAAAGUGGUGGAGGCCAUCGGGACCAUUGCAGGCUCAUCAUUGGAGCAAACCACAUGGCUGAGGAGAAACCUCGAGGUGAAGCCUUCUCCUCAGAUAGUGGUGGAUGGUACCAACCUGGAAACUGAUGUAGAAGAUUUGAUGCUCACAGUGAUGGAAGCCUCCAGCUUCACUCCAUCAGUGUACAGCGUUCACGCCCUCACCCUGCUGGCCGAGGUGCUGGCCCAUCUCUUGGACAUGGUGUUCUACAGUGAUGAGAAGGAGAAGGUCAUCCCACUGCUGGUUAAUAUCAUGCACUAUGUAGUGCCCUACCUCCGCAACCACAGUGCUCAUAACGCCCCCAGCUACCGGGCUUGUAUUCAACUAUUAAGCAGUCUAAGUGGGUACCAGUACACCCGGCGCGCAUGGAAGAAGGAGGCCUUUGACCUCUUCAUGGACCACACCUUCUUCCAGAUGGACUCCUCCUGCGUCAGCCACUGGAGAGCGAUCAUUGACCACCUGAUGACUCACGAUAAGACCACAUUCAGAGACCUCAUGACCCGGGUGGCCGUAGCCCAGAGCAGCUCUCUGAGUCUGUUCACCAACAGAGAUGCUGAGCUGGAACAGAGAGCCAUGCUGCUGAAACGCCUCGCCUUUACCAUCUACAGCAGCGAAGUCGACCAGUACCAGAAAUACCUGCCAGACAUACAAGAGCGUCUGGUGGAGAGCCUGCGUCUGCCUCAGGUGCCCAUCCUUCAUGCUCAGGUGUUCCUGUUCUUCAGAGUGCUGCUGCUGCGCAUGUCACCUCAACACCUCACCUCACUGUGGCCCACCAUGAUCACUGAGUUGGUUCAAGUGUUUCUACUGAUGGAGCAGGAGCUAACAGCAGAUGAGGACAUAUCCAGGACGUCGGGGCCAUCUGUGGCUGGGUUGGAGACAACCUACUCUGGAGGGAACGGUUUCUCCACCUCCUACAACAGCCAGCGCUGGCUCAACCUCUAUCUAUCCGCCUGCAAGCUCCUGGAUCUGGCCUUGGCCCUGCCUCCUGAGAGUCUGCCUCAGUUCCAGAUGUACCGCUGGGCCUUCAUCCCAGAGGCUUCAGAUGAUUCAGGGAUGGAAGUGAGACGUCAGGGGACUCAUCAGAGAGAGUUUAAGCCCUACGUUGUUCGACUGGUCAAACUGCUGAGGAAACGAGCCAAGAAAAACCCAGAGGAGGACUGCUCCACCCGAACCCUGUCCUGGGAGCCAGGCCACCUCAUGCUGACCCUCUACGUUAUCCGCAGCAUGGAGCAGCUGCUUCCCUUCUUCAACCUGCUCAGCCAGGUGUUCAACAGCAAGGCCAGCAGCCGCUCAGGUCCGGCCUUCAGCCACAACCCCGCCGACGGCUCGUUCCCCAGCCACAAGGAGGGCCACAAGCUGGAGAGCCAAAAGGUCUUUUGGAGUCGAGCACGACAGAACAUCGAGGAGAUGGUGGAAAAGGACUUUCUAGAGGGUCUUAUCAAGACGUGAGAACACAGCUGGGGGGAGGGAACGGGGGAUUAACACACGACUGAUCAACACUAGUGAAAAACCUCAACCUGUACAUUGAAGAACAAUACUGGGGAAAUAGUUUGUACAUUUUGUAUUUAUAAUGAUUAUUUUACUUUUCACAAGCUACUGUAUUUAAUUUUAAUUAUUUGUAUAUAUGGAGCAGCUUUGAUGACUUUUAACAUUUCAUGUGAAGAUGCUGUGCCAUUCCAUAUCGAUGUGACUUAAUAAAUAAACAUUUUUAAUGGGAGACUUA